AUGGCCAAAAAGACCGAAGUUACUCAACUCAAAAGGAUUUUACAAGAACUCUUGGCGCUUUUUUCAAACCUUUUACAAGGAGAUGGUAUUCCUGUUUCGGCCAAAUUUCUGACUGACAGUUUUGGAUGGAGCUCAGACGAAGUGCUAAUUCAUCAAGAUAUUCAGGAACUCAACCGCCUAUUAUUUGAACAAUUGGAAAAUAACUUAAAAGACACUUCAGAAACGACUCUUAUCAGUGAUCUUUACAAGGGAGUUUUCAGAACAACAGUUUGCAUUUUUAAUUCUAAGUUUCUUAAUGCCUUCUUUACUUACAGAUCAAGUGUCUCACAUGUGGCCAAGUUAGUGAGCGAAAUGUGGGAUGAAUUUCAGGAUGUUAAUCUCUCUGUGUCUCACUGCGAUUCUAUCGAAGAUGCUCUGAACUAUCACACACAAACGGAGAUGUUAGUUGGAGAAAACCAGUACUUCUGUGAAAACUGCAAGAGCCGAGUCAAUGCCACCAAAACGAGCAAAUUUACUGACCUGCCACCGAUCUUAACCCUCUCACUGUCCCGGUUCUACUUUAAUCCCAAAACUAUGGAGGCCUGCAAAUUGGACAAGAUGUGCAGCUUUCCCAUUCUCCUCGACAUGACUACGUACUUGGCAAGCAAGCAAGCAGUGCCAGUUACCUACGACCUCUUUUCCAUUGUUAUUCAUGCUGGCGCCGCUGCUUGUGGCGGUCACUAUCACGCCUACAUCAAAGACCCCUAUGGAUACAUCGGAGAUGAAGUAGAUGACCAUACUACUCAAAAGUUUCAUCCAUCCGACUUAAAAGGUGGGCAGAAUUUGGAAGUCGAGCAAGUACAAACCAACACCAAUCACUUCUUCGCAUGCCAUCAAAAUGCAACCACACCUGUCAGUAAUCCUGCAACACUGCGAACGCGAGUUCAAUCGCAACAACGGCCUUUUGAGGCUUUUUGUAGGCACACAGAAAGGAGAAACAUCUCUCCUCAUCUCUCAUCGGCUAUUGAUGCUCGCCCACCACCAGUACGAAAGUCGCCUCGACCAUUUCAGCAGGCGGCGUUUUUGAACCGGCUAACAGGACCAUCGGCUAAUUUGAGAUUUCAGAUGCCCCCAGGUGUAGAGACUAGCCCUGCACCCUUCGUUUCCCGUGAUAGCAUUGAUCGCGCAAGAAGCAGACGAAAGACACGUGUCGUUUCAACCUCACUGACAUCAGCAGUGAACCCUAGUAGUGCGUCUGUGAGAGGCCAGUUUUCUGGUAAAGUGGGGAGCGAAACGCUUUCAACGAAGAAAAAGUCGAUGACUUACAAUAGACUGGUUGACAACAUGAAAGCUAGCCUAGCUUCAACUCAGCGGUCAAGCGGAAGUGCUACCACUCCCUACAGCCAACAAAAUGACUCCAUUAAUUAUCCAAAAAGGAAAACAAAUCGGCCAAUUUUUGAACGACCAAUUGGUAAUGCUUUGUCAAAUCAGCUAAGGAAAAUGUCAGUGCAGCUCUUGAAAUCGCCUUCUGGUAGCACAAUAAAUAUUGACGUAAGUGAGAAGUCGGAUCAGACAAGUAGCCUCUCCAUGAAGAAGAAGAUUAUCACCACAAGUGGAAAUAAUGACGAUAACUCAGCAUCAAAGCAGCAAAGCACAGGAAGCCUCACGAAAUCACAAUCACAAUGCUCGUCUUGUACGCCUUCGUGUAACACUGAAGCCUGGCGGUCAAGACUGUUCCGCCAGACACCCAAAAGAUCGAAAUCUUCUGCUUCUGAAAUCGUUAAAACUGGAAAUCUUUCAAAAGCAUCAGUUGGAGUCUCUCCAACAAAGACAUCCACCCCGGUGCUUGAAAAUGACAAGUCCGUGACCCCAACGCCCGCACAGCAAAUAAAGGACUCUUUUCUAUUGCAUAGAUAUCAUAAGAGUGCUAAUCUUGCAAGUGCCUCACAGAAAAGUGAACUGAGUGGUGAAGAAAGUCAAGAGAACUUACAAACACCAUGUGAAGCGCUGAGGCUGACUCGUGAUGGCGAAAAUCCUGUUGUAUAUGGGAAGUGGUUCGACUUUAAUGAUGACGUAGUGAGAGAAGUUAGUUGCGAAAACUUCAAAUACGUCUUCAAGGGGCUCGAGUGUGCCUACAUGCUGUUCUAUAGGAGAAUCGGCCAACCGAUAACUUAG